AUGUUCGCGACGGACGCAGGACCAUUAGCGGUCGCUACGGACGUCCUGAAGCCCGCGGAGCCGUCCUUCGCGAAGACCAUACCGAGUGAGCUGGCCCGCACCACGGCGAUGCUACGUCCGUUCGCAAGGCUAGAGCUGACCAACGGUGGCGUUAUCUCGGGGCACAUCUGCGAAAUGGACCCCUUCACGAUGAACAUCAAACUCGACUCGGUGGUCCAGACCAGUGUGCAGCGCCGGUUUGACCCCAACCACACGAUCGACGCGAGUCGAAAAGACGAGCCGAAUCGCAAAAAAACAAAGAAUGAGGCCACAGGGGAAAUCCCAAGCAGCAUCGAGGAUUCCCCGAUCGCGUUUCGGUGUGUGAGUCAGGUGGUGGUCCGGGGUUCGUGCGUACGCUACCUUGACUUUCCCAGCCCCGAGACGAGCAGUAAUACGGGGCACUGCUUCGAGACAAUCCUAGACAUUUGCAAUGCGGUGCGACCGUCGGCGUAA